GCGUCCGCCAGCCCCGCGCCCCUGCUCUCUCCCACGGGGCCCCAUGCUGCCCUCCCGGCCCCUGUCGGUGGCCCUCGGUCCUCGUGCGGUCCCCUCCUCUGCCUGCCACCGUCUGCCUGGCCUGACUCCAUCACCCAUCCCUUUGCUUUCCCGACUCCCGGCACCCCGCCUUGGGUUCCACUACCCCCAUUGCUGGGCCCCCUUGGGUCGGCACUUGUGCGGGGUUUUUGGGGAAGGCAGCAAGUCUUCCCGGUCUUUCCCAGCCUUCUGCUGGCUCACGGGCUUGGGGUCCGGCUCGAGUUUGCCUUGGGGGCCAGGGUGGUGGUGGGGAGCAGGGUGUGGUGUGUUCCCGAGCCCGGAGGGGGGGCAGGCCCCCACUGCCCCUCUCCUCCAAUUCCUCCUCUGGCGGGCCGCCUCUGGUGCCUUGUGGGUGCUGUUUGCCAGAGGACAUCCCCGCACCUCUGCAGCAGCUGGACCACGGCUGCCACCCCUCCGUGAGACAACGAUGUCACUACACCUGUAUCCGCAGUGUCAUGCAGAAGUACCUUGAGGACCGGGGCGAGGUGACCUUCGAGAAGAUCUUCUCCCAGAAGCUGGGGUACCUGCUCUUCCGAGACUUCUGCCUGAAACACCUAGAGGAGGCCAAGCCCUUAGUGGAGUUCUAUGAGGAGAUCAAGAAAUACGAGAAGCUGGAGACAGAGGAAGAGCGCUUGGCCCGCAGCCGGGAGGUCUUCGACACCUACAUCAUGAAGGAGCUGCUGGCCUGCUCGCAUCCCUUCUCGAAAAGUGCCACUGAGCACGUCCAGGGCCACCUAGUGAAGAAACAGGUGCCUCCGGAUCUCUUCCAGCCGUACAUCGAAGAGAUCUGUCAGAACCUCCGAGGGGACGUGUUCCAGAAAUUCAUCGAGAGUGACAAAUUCACGCGGUUUUGUCAGUGGAAGAACGUGGAGCUCAACAUCCAUCUGACCAUGAACGACUUCAGUGUGCACCGCAUCAUUGGGCGGGGCGGCUUCGGCGAGGUGUACGGGUGCCGGAAGGCCGACACGGGCAAGAUGUACGCCAUGAAGUGUCUGGAUAAGAAGCGUAUCAAGAUGAAGCAGGGGGAGACCCUGGCCCUGAAUGAGCGCAUCAUGCUGUCCCUUGUCAGCACUGGGGACUGCCCGUUCAUUGUCUGCAUGUCGUACGCCUUCCACACGCCGGACAAGCUCAGCUUCAUCCUCGAUCUCAUGAACGGCGGGGACCUGCACUACCACCUGUCCCAGCACGGAGUCUUCUCCGAGGCCGACAUGCGCUUCUACGCAGCCGAGAUCAUCCUGGGCCUAGAGCACAUGCACAACCGCUUCGUCGUCUACCGGGACCUGAAGCCAGCGAACAUCCUUCUGGACGAGCACGGCCAUGUGCGCAUCUCAGACCUGGGCCUGGCCUGCGACUUCUCCAAGAAGAAGCCCCACGCCAGCGUGGGCACCCACGGGUACAUGGCCCCCGAGGUCCUGCAGAAGGGCGUGGCCUACGACAGCAGUGCCGACUGGUUCUCCCUGGGCUGCAUGCUUUUCAAGUUGCUGCGGGGGCACAGUCCCUUCCGGCAGCACAAGACCAAAGAUAAGCAUGAGAUUGACCGCAUGACAUUGACAAUGGCCGUGGAGCUGCCCGACUCCUUCUCCCCCGAGCUCCGUUCCCUGCUGGAGGGGCUGCUGCAGAGGGAUGUCAACCGGAGACUGGGCUGUCUGGGCCGAGGGGCCCAGGAGGUGAAGGAGAGCCCCUUCUUCCGCUCCCUGGACUGGCAGAUGGUCUUCUUGCAGAAGUACCCUCCCCCGCUGAUCCCUCCUCGAGGGGAGGUGAACGCUGCUGACGCCUUUGACAUUGGCUCCUUUGAUGAGGAGGACACAAAAGGAAUCAAGUUGCUAGACAGCGACCAGGAGCUCUACCGCAACUUUCCCCUCACCAUCUCCGAGCGGUGGCAGCAGGAGGUGGCAGAAACGGUCUUCGACACCAUCAACGCCGAGACAGACCGAAUGGAGGCCCGCAAGAAAACCAAAAACAAGCAGCUGGGCCAUGAGGAAGACUACGCCCUGGGCAAGGACUGCAUCAUGCAUGGCUACAUGUCCAAGAUGGGCAACCCCUUCCUGACUCAGUGGCAGCGGCGGUACUUCUACCUGUUCCCCAACCGGCUGGAGUGGCGGGGCGAGGGCGAGGCCCCGCAGAGCCUGCUGACCAUGGAGGAGAUCCAGUCGGUGGAGGAGACGCAGAUCAAGGAGCGGAAGUGCCUCCUUCUCAAGAUCCGCGGCGGCAAACAGUUCGUGCUACAGUGCGACAGUGACCCGGAGCUGGUGCAGUGGAAGAAGGAGCUGCGCGACGCGUACCGCGAGGCGCAGCAGCUGGUGCAGCGCGUGCCCAAGAUGAAGAACAAGCCGCGCUCGCCGGUCGUGGAGCUGAGCAAGGUGCCGCUGGUCCAGCGCGGCAGCGCCAACGGCCUCUGACCCGCCCACCUUUUAUAAACCUCUAAUUUAUUUUGUCGGAUUUUUAUUAUUUGUUUUCCCGCCAAGCGGAAAAGGUUUUAUUUUGUAAUUAUUGUGAUUUCCUGUGGCCCCAGCCUGGCCCAGCCCCCGGGGGGGGGCCCCGCUUGCCUUGGCUCCUGCUGCCACCAACCCAGCCACUGUCCAGCCGCCCUCAGCCCUGACCCUCCGGGGGCCUCCCCUCCCAGUGUCUUCCUGUGGGGGGCGGGGGGUGCGGAGAGCGGCAGCCCCGGCGGCCCGCCCAGCCCUUCCCCGGGGACGAUGCCACACCAGGUUGUGCCCCCUCAGGCUCUGGGCUGUGCUCUGAGGGUAGCCCCGCAUCCCCCCUCCCUGGGGGAGGCCGCAGCACAGGGGCACUACUUGAAUUUUCCCACCGCAGCCCCUCCUGCGCCAGGGGCACAGUCCUGCACUGUCCCGUCCUCCAGCCGGUUGGUGGAGGAGGGGCCCGUGAUCUCCCUGACCCCAGGGCCUCACCACAGCGACUUGAGUCUGUGUGCCCUUGCCUGGGAAGAACCCGUGUCACUGGCUGCCUCCAUCCCCACAGUCUGCGGCCGCCAAGGGGCUCGGUCGGGAGGGUGGGCCUUGGCAGCAGGUCGCGCCGCCCUCCCACCCCAAGCACCCGGGCUCAGGGACCACAGAAGGGCAGCUGUGGGCUGUGGUACACUGGCCUCGCUUGGCCCGAGGUCCCCUGCCCGCCCCCUCUUGGGUUGGGCCAGGCCUCGUCUGCCCAGGACCAGAGGGGAGCAGCAUGGACAGGCCGGGCAGCACAGCGAGAGGGGCCGGGUGGGGCCAGCCCUCGCCACCCCUGGCCGGUCAGUGUGCUCCCCCCGGGCUGUCGAGCCCCAUAGCCCCAUGUCCUGUCAGUGCCACUGCCCACGGGGCGCCACCCCGCCCGCCGCAUGCCCCCUGUGCCAGUCACGCUGCCGUGUUGGUGUCGCGCCCUCUCCCCCCGGGGCUGGGUUGGCGCGCCCUCCCCUCCCAUCUACUCGCUCCCCGGGGCGUUCCUUUGCCGAUUUUUGAAUGUGAUUUUAAAGAGUGGAAAAUGAGACUAUUCGUUUUUAUAAAAAAUGGUGCCUGA